AUGCCGACGAAGAGAACGACCCCAGCAGGCAAACAACGUGUUCGCACUGGCUGCUGGACAUGUCGCAGACGCAGAAGAAAAUGCGAUGAGGCCAAGCCUGAGUGUGAAAAUUGCACUGCAAAAGGCUUUGCCUGUAAAUAUCCCAGCAAAGUCACCUUUGUCUCGAUUGUAAAUGCAUCCGAUAUACAAUCCGAUGGGACAGGAGCAACCUACAGCACCAUCAGAUUUGUGGAUGAGACCCCCGCCACAACUCCAUCACUGCAUGAGAGUGGGACGGUAGAGCACGAGCAGACUCCAGCCGAACUUCGUGCAGAGCCGCUAGAACUACUUCCAGCCCCCAGUCACGCUACGGCGGAUCUCCCUUCGAAUGCUAUUCCUACCCAGCAGGCUCGGCGCGAGGUUUCUUUUACCGCUCUGUCGGAUUCCGGCAAUGAUCCUGAGACAGGAUUACUUCGACAUUACUGCUAUGCACUAGCUCCUUGGAUUGAUGUCGGUGAUCCAAGCCGUGCUUUCGGCCUUGAGUUCCUGAUCCUUGGAAGGCGAGUCCGACCACUUCUUGCUGCGAUCCUCGCGCUUGCUGCUGGUCAAAGGUCGCUAGUAGUCCCGAGAAACGCAGCCGACGACCUCGCCAGGAGCCUCAGAUUUCGCGAAGAAGCCAAGAACGGCCUUCCUUUGCAAGAUAAUACGAUCCAGCGAAUAGGAAAUGUAUUUUUUAUGCUCCAUGACUUCUUUUCCUCCCGUCCAUCCCAGUGGAAGACCUUGGUGACUGGUCAUAUCACUGCAUCAGGAGGCCUGGGAUGCCUGGCAGCCUCUGAUGGAGGGCUCAAUGAACCGUCUUUCUGGGUGACCCUUAGAAUUGAUCUUGCUGCAUCUAUUAUAAGCUCUGAGCCUCCACAAAUGCUGGUUCCCCCGCCUUUGUCAACUUCGGAGCCAACUCCGAUCAAACAGGUAUACCAGCAUAUUCUCCUCCUUCUCGCGCAUACCUUGAGCUUCAUCUUCGGAGGUCCAACGGCAUAUCUCGAGGGCCUGGGCCCAGUAGACACGGUUCCCCGCUUGAACCCCGUGUCGCAAUGGAACUAUCUGUGGACGGAAUGUCGGAGAUGGUAUCAAAAUCGUCCUCUGCAAGUGCAGCCCGUCUUGGAUGUCCGAGCUGCGCACGCAGAUGAAAUUGACCCACAGAACGCUUCUUCCUUCCCAAUCCUGGUCUACACCACACCCCUCGCUCUAGUCGCAAAUGCUGUCUACCACGUCGCCUCUUUUCUCCUCCUGACUCGCAAACCACGCUUUGUGAAGACGCUGACCGGCCCGAAAUAUCUGUCAUCGUCUAUCUGGCAUGCUCAAUCCAUUGCCGGUAUUGCAACUAGCAACGACACGGUCGAGCAGUGGGACCCGAUUCUCAUCGCGGCGCUGCUUCUCAUAGCGAAAGAUAUGACUCACCAUUUACAGCAGUCAGCGGUGUUGAACCGGCUACAACGGAUUACAGAGUUGACAGGGAUCAACUUGGGCUACGAGAUCGAGUCUCUUCAAUCCCAGUGGCGCAUGUCACGAUACGAAGAACCAAUUGCUUGA